AUGCCCGGUCUAGUUGCGCCGUUCACUCACAUCACCAUCACAGAGUUACAUCCCACAUUCGGAGCUGAAAUCAGUGGUGUCGACUUUUCGCGCCCCGUAGAGAAGGAUGUCUUCCAAGAAAUCUUAGCUGCCAUCAGCAAGUAUGGCAUCUGCGUGUUCCGCAACACAGCGCUCGACGACGCCCACCACGUCGCAUUCGCAGCCCAGUUCGGUGAGCUGGACGACGUAACCCCCUACAUAUCUGGCGGACGGGCCCAUCGUCUCUCUGAUGUCCACUUAUUCGACGUAAGCAACAUUGAUCUAGACGGAAUGGUAUUCCCAUUAGACAACGUCCGACGCCAGUGGAACAAGGGCAACGGACUGUUCCACGUCGACUCAAGCUUUAACCCCCGCCGAGCCGGGUACUCACUUCUCCGGGCGCAUGAGCUCCCACCCGCAGACAUGGGGGGAGAAACUGAAUUUGCAGAUGUCCGCACAGCCUUUGCCGACCUCCCACCUCAUCUCCAGACCGAGCUGCGGGAACGAGAUUACAUAGCUGCGCACUCACUGUGGCAUUCGCGCAAAGUCGCUGCACCCGAAACGUUCCUCAAUGUCGACCCGGCUGAGUACCCCAUGAGUCGACACCGCUUACUCCAGCGACAUGAAGCAUCCGGUCGGGAAACGCUGUAUAUAGCAGCGCAUAUUCACCAUAUCGAGGGGUUAGAAGCGGACGAAUCGAAGGCGCUUUUUGAGCGAUUAUUCGAACAUGCAACGCAGUCGAAAUACGUUCUUCGUGUGAGAUGGGAACAUGCUGGGGACUUGGUGCUCUGGGAUAAUACAAGUGUCAUGCAUCGGUCUGUGGGCGGUGAGUUCGAGGGAAAGUAUCGGCGCGAUAUGCGUAGAGCGACGGUGCAUGACGGGAGUAGCUCGGCGUGGGGAUUGAAUGAGCGCACAGAGGAACGACAAGGUCUGCCUUGA